CCGUAGCUAUAGUUUUUUGGCCCAGUGUGUGGGCAUCACGCCGUAGAUACGAGCGUCGCGCGUGUGUUAUAUGAUAGUGCUUGCUUGCGCGUCGCUUAACAAUCAUGUUUAACUAAAUAUUAAAAAAUUAAAUAUCGGACAUCGUUCCACGUUUCGUGAAUUAUAAAUUUGUACUCAAUAAUUAAGUUGAUUACUAGAAUAAACAACUGCUAGCUACAUAAUAAACUACUUUGAAGAAUGACUCCAACUAAUGGCGAAGGCGCGGAGCCGCCUCAUAUCGUGAUACUGGACGGGGGGUUCUCGACACAACUGUCUUGUCACGUCGGGCACGUUAUCGACGGAGACCCGCUGUGGAGUGCUCGCUUCCUCUACACGCACCCGGAAGAAGUCGUUAACACCCACCUCGACUUUUUAAGAGCGGGAGCAGACCUAAUAAUAACGAAUACUUACCAGGCAUCGGUCGAGGGAUUCGUAGAGCACCUGGGCAUUACGGCAGAAGAGUCGUUCGAGCUGAUCGUGCGAGCCGUGGAGCUCGCUAAGCGCGCCCGCUCUGCGUACCUGGAGGAGUACCAGGACUACUUACAGAACGAUCGUAUCCCGCUGAUCGUGGGUUCGGUUGGGCCGUAUGGCGCUCACCUGCAUGAUGGCUCGGAAUACGAUGGCAGCUACGCAGACACUACACCUGUUGAGACUAUGAAAGCUUGGCAUCGGCCUCGGAUCCAGGCACUGGUACAAGCUGGAGUCGAUCUUCUGGCUUUGGAGACGAUCCCUUGUCAAGAAGAAGCUGAGAUGUUAUGUGACCUUCUUAGGGAGUUCCCUCACAUGAAAGCUUGGAUCGCAUUCAGUUGUAAGGACAAUCAAAGUAUAGCUCACGGUGAAAGCUUUCAAAAGGUAGCCAAGAAAUGUUGGGAAACGAACCCUGACCAGCUAGUUGCCGUGGGAGUGAACUGCUGCGCGCCAUCCUUUGUGUCGAACCUCGUGAAAGGCUUCAACGACGACCGGCCACACGACCCCAUUCCGCUUAUCGUUUACCCCAAUUCGGGCGAAAAAUACAACCCUCAAAUAGGUUGGAUAGAUCGGGACAAGUGCGAAGCGGUGGAAGUUUUCGUGCAAGAGUGGCUGGAGCUGGGCGUGCGAUAUGUCGGCGGUUGUUGUCGCACGUACGCCGCUGAUGUCUCCCGCAUACGCAACCAGGUUCACUGCUGGCGCGACCGGUGGCGCUUCCAGGCGAAAUACCCCUACGCACAGAAUAACAAUGCUGAGUAAACAGCUCUAACGGUUCAUAGUUCCUUGGUGGUUUAUUACAAAACAUUGCUCAUGUAUUUUCUAUUAACACUUAUGUAAAUCGUAUAUGAGUACAGAAAACGUGACUCCAAUUUUCAUCAGUUUCGUGGUCACUGAUAUUUUCAGAUCAGAUCGCUACUCUUUUAACCCUGUUAUUAAAUACAUGAUUAACAACCGAACUGGUGACCUUGACUUGAUACACACCUCAAAUAUUGGACAUAAGUAGCUAAAUACAGUUGUAACAAACCACCCUGAACCCUGAUUGACUUUGACUACGUAUAAUUGUUAUUUUAAAAUAAUAAUAAAAAUAUAUGUGCCAUCAUGAUAAUUUUAAGUAAUUUACGGAUGUAC